AUGCUAGGCCCCAACGAGGUCUCUCUCGGAGACUGGAGGCUUUACAAAACCAUCUAUGGUGGCAGCCUGAGCACUCGGAAAACAGAUAGCUACAAUAUCGCAAACUUUCUGGGACACGACAAUGUUUUCACCUUCAAAGAUAGGGCCAAGCAUCGGGCACGCCGCAAGAUGCAAUCCAGACCGUACUCGUUGCAGGCAAUUCUCGAAAACGAACCCCUGAUUGCAUCGAAGGCCGACAUUAUGGUCCGACGAAUGAUCAGUCACGCUGAAUUAUCACCCUCAGGGAGAACGGUCGAGGCUUACCGACUCUGCGGGCUGUUCAGCCUCGAAGUCGUCUUGAAAAGCGCCUUCAACCGCGAUUAUGAAGAGUCGAUCGAUGCAGAGUCUUGGAAGUUUCUUCAAGCGAUGGAUGAAGGCGCCAUGUCGUUGGCGAUUCAAACUGUUGCACCAUUCUUAAAAAAGCCAAUUGGCAGGAUGAUUCCUGGCGCCAUCGGUCAUUCCUACCGACAGUUUGAUCAAUGGCACGCCAUGACUACCAUCCUGUGCAAUCGAUUUAAGCAAACGGAGAACUCAUUCGACAAGACACAGAGGUUCUUGGUCACUCCUCUUCUAACUAACGAAGACGAAUUCUUGGGCAGGCGGCUGACCGCAAGCGAAGUUGACGAAGAAGCUAUGGGGAUUGCUUUUGCUGGCAGCGGUACGACCUCGACAACUAUGACUUACCUGUUAUAUGCACUCGCGCGCCCUGAUGGUCAACGACUGCAAAUUAAGCUCCGAGAAGAACUGAAAAACGCUGGCCAGACAAUUCGGGAGCUACAAGAAUUGCCGUACCUCGAUGCAGUGAUCAAAGAGACCAUGAGACUUUUCCCUACCAUCAUAUCGACACUUCCAAGAGUUUUAGAGGCUCCGCUCGCCGUAAGGGAGGGUAUCCUUCUACCAGAGGGAACGGUCGUCGGCAUGCAGAAUUAUGUUCACCAUCAGGACCCGGAAUUAUUCCCUGAACCAGAGACAUUCUUGCCUGAACGCUGGCUGGAUAAAGAUGCCCAUACAGACAUGAACGCUGCACUUACUCCGUUUUCGAUCGGCCCGAGGAACUGCUUGGGUCAGAAUCUUGCCAGAGCUGAGAUUUACCUAGCUAUUAGUAAGGUCUUCCGUCGACUACAUCUGACGUUGAAUCCUUCAAUGACAGAAGCGGAUAUGGAGAUGAAUGACCGGUUCAAUGUGGUACCGCGGGCACGAAAAUUGCUUCUGGACGUGACGAUAGUCUCGAGUUGA